GGAGUCGAAACGGUCCAAAUGAAACAUCUCGUGAGCGUGGCUCUUUGGGUCUCAUUUUCACAACCGGGAGGAUGAAAGCCAAGGUCAGGGGCUGAGCUUGCAACAAAAAUCAGGUUUGUGUUGUUUUGUCCAGAAACUUAGGUUUUUGUUCUGUUGCGACUGAGGAAAUGAAUUGCUAUUUACUGCAGUUCAGGAGGAGGUGGCCAGAGGUGGAGGUAGUGGGGAGAAGCACAUGGUUUGGCGCGGGUACUGGGUGGUGGCUGGCGAGGAGAAAAGUGCGGAGGAGAACGAAGUGGACAAGCUUCCCAACCAAGUAGAGUGCUUGACUUUUGUGGUCCACGGCAUUGGCCAAUACCAUCGAGCCCAGCAGGGGGAAAAUUCGCAAUUUUUCAAGGAAGUUUCACGGGUGCGGAAGCUGGCCAUGAAGUAUCAACUUGAAAGGAUGGAAGAGCAGGGCCAGGGCGAGGGCUCUCAGCCGUCUGGCCGGAUUGAAUUCCUUCCACUGGAGUGGUACGGCCCCAUUCACGUUGAUGUCGGAAUAGGCAACCGCCUCAAGAAUGUGACCUUGAAGUCAGUUAGCUCUUUGAGGGACUUUGCGAACUUUGCCCUGGCCGAUGUCAUGGUGUAUCUGGAUGAUCAAUGGCGGGAAAGAAUACACGAAGAACUUCUUAGAAAGAUGGCAAACCUGUGGAAGCUUUUCUCCGAGCGCACCUCUGACUACUCCGGUGAGGUUGCAGUGAUCGGACAUUUUCUGGGGUCCGUCAUCAUGUUCGACUUGAUGCAGAAGGGGUUGGAAAAACUUCCUCAAGGCCUGCAUUGCUCUCCUUCGAAGGACACUUCAGGCUCUCCGAAAAAGACGAUGGUCUCUGCACCGGCCAAGCCAGCAAACGUGGCCACUCCUGGUAGCAUUGACCGAAAAGGGAUCAAGAUACUGAAAGAUCACAUGGCCAAAGGCAACAUUGCUCCCCUGGCCAAAGGAGGGCAUGCUGCCUACGAACAUCCUGUGCCGCGAUGCCUUUUUGCAGUGGGUUCCCCUCUGGGUAUGUUCCUGAGCAUCCGCCUUUCCCAGAAGGCGCAGCGUGCAUCCAGGUAUUUUCGAGGGCUUGAUGUUCGAUGGCCAGCAGUGAGUGAGGGCAGAGGAUGGAGGAUGUUCAAUGUUUUCCAUCCAGAUGAUCCGAUAGCGUAUCGGAUUGAACCACUCCUGAACCCGGCAUAUGCCUCUAUGAACCCAAGGGUAGUGCCUCACAAGGGUGGAUUGCGAUGGAAUCACCAAAUCAAGAGCUGGUUCUCCACCUCAGCGUCAAAGAGCCCUGACGGUGGAAUGUGGGAUUUGGAGGGCCAAGAAACCUUUGAAGAAGUCUUGGUGGUGCCAACAGAGGACCCAGCAAGCUUUUUCGAGGAGAAGCCUGCUCGGCAAUCUGUGGUGACCGUGGAUAGGGUAGACUACGCUUUGCAGGUCAGUGCUUUUGAAAGCAUGAACGAAAUGCUAAGACUUGCUGCGGUUCAUUGUGGAUCAGAUAUUCGAAUCCCUUCAAACUCCAAGUAAAGCCAGAUCAUCCAAGUGAGAUGUGCUGACGACUGCUAACCCUCUCUCAACGUGUCACAAAGUCUCACAGAACCCUCGGUUUGUUUGC